AUGAGGCUUCCGAGCACGCUCGCUGUGGCGAGCGAGCCUUCCCGCUUCACGCCGCUCGAGAGCUGGGACCUCGAGUCGGGCGGCUUCCGACCUCUCGCUCCGGGUCUGUGGCUCCUGCGUGGCGAGAGAAGCCACCUGCCCGAAGGCGCGUGCAGGCUGCUCCGGCCUGUAGCGAGGGCCGCAAGCCUCGAGCGGCUGCUGCGCUCAGCUGCCUCCUCCUCGCAGCAAAUCCCAGCGCGGUGGCGGCUCCGCUUCCUCGCCCGCGACGGCGGCAGAGCAGCGCCGCUCGCCGGUGGUCCGCGGUCGGAGAUGGCGGCCGAGGCGUCCGACAUCCUCUGCACCGCCGCGCGUGCUCUGCCGGGCGAGCCGGCGCUGCAAGGUCCAUCGCCGCUGCUCCUCCUCGUCCGCACUCCGCGGCUGUGGUACCUGGCUCUCGACGUCACCGUCUCGCGCCAGCGCAGCGAGGCGGAAGAGGCGUGGAGGCUUCGCCCGUACUCCUUCUGCUCCGCCACCGACCUCCGCCUCGCCCGCCUCGCCGUCUCUCUCGCCGCGGCGCACCGGGCGGCGGGCGACAAUGGGGCGCUGCUCGACCCCUGCUGCGGCUCGGGCGGCAUCCUCUUUGCCGCGCGGCUCGCCGGCUUGCGCGCGGUCGGCCUCGACAGGAACCCGACCGCGGUGGAGGGCGCGACGGCGAACAUGGCAGCGGUCGACGCGCUUCUGGAUGGCUCAAACGGCUCCGGUGGUGGUGGCGGCGGAUGCGGCGGCGGCGGCAGCGGCGGGAGCGGCGGCGGCGGCGGCGGCGGCGGGAGCGGCGGCGGCGGGAGCGGCGGCUCCUCCGUGCUCGAGCACGACUGCCGCGACCCGCUGCCGCGCGAGGCGGUCGUGUCCAACCUGCCGUGGGGCCGCAACACGCGGCUGCCGCACGCCGAGUACCUCUCCUCCCUCCUCGCCCCGCUCGCCAGCUCGCUGCCCGGCGCCACCUUCUGCCUCGUCACCGCCGAGCCGCUCGAGCCCGCCACUCUCGCCGCCACCAACCUCGCGCCGCGGCGGGUGGAGGCGGUGGGACGGCGCUGUGUCCUCUCGCUGCUCGAGCCGGCGGGCCCGGGGCAGGGAGCAGUGCCGGACGCGGCGGGGGCGAGGGUCGGGGCGGCAUCCGCGAGCGGCGGCGGCGGCGGCGGCGGCGACGCGGCCGAGCGGGGCGAGGUGCUCGUCGGGGGCGGGCUCCGGUCGGCGGCAGGUUCGCCCUCGCUGCGCGUCCGCCUCGUCGCGGGCGCGCUCAUCGAGGUGCAGCAUCGGGCGGCCGAGGGCGGGCGGACUUGGGCCACGGCCCGCGUCACGGCGGUGGCGGAGCCGGGGCUCUGCACUGUCGCGUGGCGGCCGAGCGGCCAGACGUCGGUCCUGCGGCUCUCGCUGCACGGUGGGCCAAACUGGCGGUUUGUGGAUCUUUGA